CUGAAGUAGACGUUAAAUUGCAACCAAAGCUUACUACUCACUACAGAAAUGUCAUUUAAGAGAGAUGGCGACGAUACCAACCAAUUAGGAGUGUUGAGAAAAAGAAGAAUAAAGGAGUUGUUUGCCGAAGACAUUCCAGAGGAUGAGGCCUUACUAACAAGUAAUGGAAGGUUUGCUUGCCUUGUUUGUACCAACAGACCAGUAUUUGAUACUGUGAUCAUGCUGUCACAGCAUCGCAAAGGAAAGAAACAUGAGGCUUAUAUGGAACAGUUUCAAGCAAAGAAGGAUGAGCUAGAAAUGCUUAUAAAGCAGAGAAAACAUGAACAAUACUUAAAAGAUGGAACUACAAAUAUCCAGCAGGCAACAAUAAUACACAAAGGACUAGGUUGUGGACACAAGUAUGACCCCAGAGUGAAGAAAAAGUUUCAUUCCCAAAAAACAAGAGUAAGCUUGGGGGAAUCCAGCAAUGCUAGUGUGACAAACAAGUGUGAAUUUCCAGCUGCUACAGAUGUAUCUUCCCUCCCAGGAGAAAGAUUGUCAAAUUCAUCUCUAACUGUACCUAGUAUUCUGAAGAAAGAUGUUUCAACUAAUGAGGUGUGCAAGAAAAAAGAGGAUAUCGUAGGAGAUAAUGAAUCUGAAAAGUUCAAAAGCAACAAAAACUUCAGGGAACAUUUUCUUGGCCAGAAGGGACCCUUUCUCCAUGAAAAACAACUGAAGAAUAUUUUUUCUGCACCAAAAACAAAUUACUUUAACCCUGUGCCAUACAAAAGGAAAGCAACAGGAAAUUUGACAUGUGACACUGGCAUGGUAAAUUGUGCUAAACAGUUUAGAGGCAAUGACACUUUAAUACCAGCAGAAAGUUUAGUCCCUAAUCACAUUCAAAAUAACUCUCAGCAACCUUCAAAUACAUCUACCAGUACAAACAAUCUGAAAGUUUUGUCAAAAUCCAAAAAUAAAAAGACAGCACCACAAAGAAGUGAAGAGGAUGAAAGACAACUAAAAGAAAAACAGGAGUUAGCAGACAAAUACCUGUAUUACAGAGGAGGAGGAUGGAAGAAGAACUGGAAAGGGGAGUGGGUCAAAGAUGAAGAUGUUGAAUUUGAUUCUGAUGAAGAACCUCCAGAGCUACCAUAAACUGAUAUUAAAUCAUUAUAUUCUUAUUCUUAGAAGUCCAAAUUCUUGUAAUGAUGAAUGAAAAGAAGAUUAAAUCAAUUCAUUUCAGUAAAUUCUUUUCGUGUUUAUCAAUAUUGUAUUUGUUAUCCAAUAAUAUAAAGAGCAAUGUGAUGUAAAGAUAAUGCCAAUCAAAGCAUUGUUGGAAGGGAGAUCAUUCAGAAUAUGAUUGUAACAAGGGGACUUGAAAAUAAAUGUAUAGAC